AUGGAUGCUACUGCCACCCAAAAGCUCUCUGAGGUGCUUGCGACCUUUGCAGGGGGAGACAAAGCAAAAGAAGAACAACUGAAGAAGAAGAUUGCCGAGCUGCUGAAGAACGGGCAGGGAAACGCGGACGCCAUCAUUGCGAGACUUCAACAAGGUCUUUUGCAAGCAAAGCAAGGCGGCACACCAAAAAUCGCGGAUGAUGUGCCACACCCAGGAAUGAAGUCUACCAUGGACGAGAGUCCCUUUCUGAGCUCUUCAACCACGGCCGCUGAGGCUUAUCCAAUCAGCCAAACACUGUCGAUCUCGAACCCUCCUCCCGUUGCUUAUGCUUCUUCUCGACCAACUCUCACGGGUGGACAUGCAAUGGGACGUGUAGCGGGCACGCCUGUGCAAUACGCUCGAGAGGAGCCACUCCCAAUCACGUUCACAACUGAUCAUCGGACCGCUCAACAACCGCGUAAAAACACGCCUGGAGACUUGAGCAUGAGGCGUACAAUCCACGACCUCGUGGCCAGCGUGGACCCCAAUGUGAAGAUCGAGUCAGACGUCGAGGAUCUGCUGCUGAAUAUUGCCGACGAAUUCAUCGACUCAGUAACGAAUUUCGCGUGUAGACUUGCCAAACACCGUGGAGGAGAGACGCUAGAGGUCCGAGAUCUUCAACUUCACCUAGAACGAAACCAUAAUAUCCGAAUACCCGGCUUUGCAGCUGACGACACCCGUAUAUCUCUUUCCCAAUCUUCAAUCACGCCUGCCGCUGCACCCACCGCCGCCCCCAAGAAGACAGCUCAAGGCACUCACAUGACGCUUCGAAGCCAACGACUUGCCCAAGUCCAACAGGCAAAGAGGGAGGGGAAGCUGAUGUGA